AUGCUACUUCGAGCAUCAACAAGGUCGAUCAGUUCCCUUCGCAAAUUGUCGACGAAAAUGUCUCAAACAUCUGAUGCUGCCGCGGCAGCUGCGAGUUCCAAGAAGGCCAAGGCAUCAAAGCUACAGGUGUCUUUGAAGACACCCAAGGGUACUAAAGAUUGGGCUGAUACCGAUAUGGUUAUCAGAGAAGCCAUCUUCUCGACGUUAUCCAAACUUUUCAAGCGUCACGGUGGUGUGACAAUCGAUACUCCUGUUUUCGAGUUGAGAGAGAUCUUGGCAGGCAAAUACGGUGAGGACUCAAAGUUGAUCUACGAUUUGCAAGACCAGGGUGGUGAACUAUGCUCCUUGCGCUACGACCUGACUGUUCCUUUUGCGAGAUACGUCGCCAUGAACAACAUCCAAAACAUCAAGAGAUUCCAUAUUGCAAAGGUUUACAGAAGAGAUCAACCCGCCAUGACCAAGGGGAGAAUGAGAGAAUUUUAUCAAUGUGACUUCGACAUAGCUGGCAAUUAUGAAGCCAUGGUUCCCGAUGCCGAAUGUCUUUCUGUCGCCGUGGAAGGUUUGACAAGUCUGGGAAUCAAAGAUUUCAAGAUUAAACUGAAUCACAGAAAGAUUCUGGACGGCAUUUUCAAGAUUUCCGGUGUGAAAGACGAAGACGUCAGAAAAAUCUCGUCUGCCGUGGAUAAGUUGGACAAAGCCCCAUGGGAGGUCGUCAAGCAGGAAAUUACCGUGGAGAAGGGUCAGAGCGAGGAAACCGCAAAGAAGAUUGGUGAAUACGUAAAGUUGAACGGCUCUUUGAGAGAUAUUCAUUCAAAGCUGUCAGAAGAUCCAGAGAUCUCCGCCAAUGAACUGGCCAAAGCAGGUCUCGAUGAUAUUGCCCUCCUGAUCAACUAUGUGGAGGCAUUGGGUAUCGACUCUUUCAUAUCUUUUGAUCUCUCUUUAGCCAGAGGUUUGGACUACUAUACCGGUUUGAUCUAUGAGGUGGUCACGGAGGCUUCCGCUCCACCAAAAAAUGCCAGCGACUUGAAGAAGAAGGCUAAAGCAGACGAGGAUGCGUCCGCAUAUGUUGGAGUGGGGUCCAUUGCCGCUGGGGGUCGUUACGACAAAUUGGUUAGCAUGUUUGUCGAGGCCUCUGGUAAGAAACCCGUAGAGAUUCCAUGUGUUGGUAUAUCAUUUGGUGUUGAGAGAAUCUUUUCUUUGAUUAAGCAGAGAACCAUUUCCGCUUCUUUGAAGCCAACUGCUACUCAAGUAUUUGUAAUGGCCUUUGGUGGCGGUAAAGACUGGACAGGGUACUUGCCAGAGAGGAUGAGGAUUGCUAAACAGUUGUGGGAGGCAGGUAUCGAAACCGAGUACGUCUACAAAUCAAAGGCUAACCCAAGAAAACAGUUUGAUGCGGCAGACAAGUCCGGAGCUUCUUUAGCUGUUAUUCUGGGAAAAGAAGAAUACGCCGACGGCAAGUUGCGCGUCAAAAGGCUAGGUCCGGAGUUCGCUGAUGAUGACGGUGAGGUUGUCAAAGCUGAAGAAAUUGUCAAGGUUGUCAAAGAAAAAUUAUCUCAAGUGCACCAAGAUGGCAUCGAUCAGGUAACGCGACUCAUCAAGGGCUUGUAG